AUGAAGAGGUCAGCUAAACUCUCACAACAAGUUAUUACGGCUAUCGGCUGCGCAAACGGGAACGGUGGCAGGCAGCUUGGCUGUGAACACGCCGUGCAUGUCCUACGAAACUCGAAAUUCCUCUCAGAACUGCGGGUUCCUCUCCAAUGGAAGAGUUUAGUUCAAGAGGUCGAGACCGGGCGACAGUUUGCUGCACUCCCUGGAGUUACACAGACAUGCCGGGAACUGGCGUAUCACACAAGAAACGCCAUAGAGAACAAGGAGGAUCUGCUGGUACUUGGAGGCGAUCAUAGUUGUGCCAUGGGAACGUGGAGUGGAGUAGCGGCAGCCAUUCGGCCACAUGGAGAUCUCGGUCUAAUCUGGGUCGACGCCCAUAUGGAUGCCCAUACACCUUCGUCAACCCCAUCGGGCAAUAUUCACGGAAUGCCGGUUGCCCAUUUGCUUGGCUACGGUGACAAGAAUCUCAUUCGAAUUGGUGAUCGUUUACCGAAAGUCCUACCUCACAAUAUGUGCAUGGUCGGUAUCCGAAGUUAUGAAAAUGGUGAACAGGAACUUCUCGAACGGCUCGGGGUGCGAAUUUUCUAUAUGGAUGAGGUGGAGCGACGAGGUAUCUCUGAAGUGAUGCACGAAGCCCUUUACAUGGUAACCAGGAACACAGUUGGAUUCGGAAUGUCCAUUGACAUCGAUGGUUUCGACGUGGCCGACGCCCCGGCUGUCGGCACCCCGGCUGAGAACGGUAUCGUAGCCAGUGACUUCCUUCGAACGGUGCUCACAUUGGACCUGUCGAAACUGCUGGCCACGGAAAUUGUGGAAUUUCUUCCGAAAUUCGAUGAUCAACAAAAGUCAAGCGAGAAGUUGGUUGUGAACCUGAUGGAGUCCAUUUAUCUGACGAAAUUCUUCCAAAACGAAACAACGGCCGCUAUCGAGCAGCGAAGACAAGCGACUGCCUAA